AAGAAACAAUAAUCAAGCCUCAGGCCUACUUCGGAAGCUGAACCUGUUUGCGGGCAGAAGGGACCCCAGAUUUCGUGCUGUCCAACUAGAGGGCCUCAAGUGGGCACGCCCAUCCAGCAUGUCUAUCAUGUUGAAUCGCACGUGGAACUACCUCUCUCAAAGCCUGGCCUCUUCGCCCACUUUUGGCGGCUAUCCCGGACCUCGUUGGACGUUGCCGGACAAUGGCACCGACCAGGAGGAUCGGACCCAUCAUCUGCCUCCAGUUUUGGCUCAUUUCCUCCAGACCUUGUACCUCGUUCAGACGAAAAGCGAAGAGUCCUCCCUAGUGUUGGCCCAUUUGAAGGAGAUCCAAGCCAAACUCAAAGAAACGGAUGUGAAACCCGCGGUUAUGGCCGAUGCCCUGGUUAGAGCCAUGGCUUGUCACACUCUUGGUUAUGACGUCAAAUUCAUACAGAUUUACGCCUUACAGUUGGCCCAAAAAGGCUCCAUUCUGGAGAAAAAAAUGGGUUAUCUGGCCUGCACUUUGUUGCUCUCGGAAAAUGAUGAGCUCAUCCUGCUGCUCAUCAACACGAUUCUCAAAGAUUUGAAGUCCCAAAACGUGAUCGAAGUGAAUAUCGCCCUGAUCGCCGCCAUCCACCUCACGCCCAAAGAGAUGGCUCCCAUGUUACUGCCUGUUCUCCAAGAGAAGACCACUCACACGAAGGAUUUCAUUCGAAAGAAAGCCCUCAUCUGUUUGGAAUCCAUCAUGCAAAAGGCUCCUGAUUAUAUCCCAUCUCUGGAAACUACAGUUUACAACUGUUUGAGCGACCCAGACCCUGGUGUGGUGGGCGUGGCGGUUCAGGUGAUGAGAUCCGUCACGUUGCAUAAUACGACAUGUGACUCGGGCUUGAUCCAACCCUUGAUCGAGAUUCUCAAUCAGAUCUUGGACCAUAAGUUUCCCAAGGACUAUGUCUACCAUGGAGUGGAAGCUCCUUGGGUUCAAAUGGAUCUGAUGAUUUUACUUGCGGUUCUUUUAGAGCGAUCGGAUUGGUCGGAUCAUCAUGCGGGUCUGAUAAGUCGAAGUCUUUUGCGAUCUUUGGAAGGAGUGAGUCCCAAAGAAACGAUCGGUCAAGCCAUUAUCUACCAGUGCAUCAAAACAAUCGCCGUGAUGAAUCAAAAGACACGAGGAGAAUCCAAGAUAUACCAGCAGCUGGUGGACAAAUCCUUAUUCUACAUCAACAAAUGCCUUCAAAGUAAGCACAACAACAUGAAGUACAUGGGGUUGGCUUCUCUCUAUGAGUUCUUCCGAUAUCCACCCACGCCCAAGUUAACCGAGGUUGAGCAAGAAAACGUCUUGGCUUGUCUAAAACACCCGGAUGAUUCGAUUCAAAGGAAAGCUCUCUCGUUUUUGUAUGAAUUGGCCAACGACGAGAAUGUUACCGGGAUAUGUGCUACCCUCGUUGAAUUCAUAAGAUCGUCAAAAGAUCCAUUUCAGACCGAGGAACUGAUCAUCAAAUGUAUGCAAGUGGCCAAAAAGCUUCAUCAAUCGAACUUGGGUUGGUACACAGGUUUACUCUUGAAGCUACUCCAAGCCUCCAAAUCGAAUCGAGAGGUGAUUGUAGUGGAGAUCCAAGAAAGCCUCGGAGCCCCACUAACCGAUGAGGAGGACUCGGAUAAAAGAAGUAUCCGACAUAAAUCGGGCUUAAAACUGUCUAAAGUGUUGGAAAAUUUGUGUAACAAAGAGAAGCCUCCGCCCAUUGUUCAACGACUCUUCCUUUGGUCUUUGGUGCAGGAUUUUCAGACUGACGUGACUGCCAAUGUGUCCAAAGUGCUAGAGAUUGGCCGACAAGCGUUAGCCUUGGACUUGGACUCACCCGAAUCCGAAAAGAUUGUGAUAUCGUCGCUCGAUUCUGUGUUCUGCCUCAUCCACCUAAAUGAAUGCUCUCAUGAAGACAUCGUAGCGUUCAUCGAGUUAUGUGCCCAACAAUACAAGAAUCCUCGGAUCCAAGAUUUGGCCUUGGAAAUUCAGUUCUUUUGGUCGAAUCUUGCCGACUUGCAAGGGAUGGAAAAACCAGACGAAGAGUGUCCAGAUUGGACUUUGAGUUCUGCCGAUGAAUUUGUGGUGAAAUGUCUGACUGAAGAUCAAGAUUUGGAGGUGUACGAUCCCAGACAAAAACUGAUCUCCAAGUCCAAUUCACCGCUUGAAAGUGAAUCAUUUAGGUUCACUCCUUAUCACGUUCUUGAGGAAUCGCCAAGCAAACGUUCCAAUCCGUCGAAAGCGUCCAAGGAUCAUACAGAUGAUAGGAUCCCAGUGAAACAAGUUUGGUCGAUUUAUGGACGGUUGGAGAAUCCAGAAAAUCCGCAAGCAACCAAAAGUCAUGGGAAAGAGGAUGCCAACACUUUCGGGAAAGUGGACAACUUGGUGGAUUUGGAGUCUGUGGCAUUGGAGGCGCUUGAAGACUUGUCUUGAUAUUUCAAUUUGUUAUACCCUCUUUUGUACAAUGCAAUAAUGCCAUCCACCUGUUAAUUGUGUACCUGGAGUAUACCACCAUCAAUAGGAGACGAUAAAUUCCUUUUGACGGAGUUUUAGCCCCUCGAAA